CCCCACGGCUCCCUUAAAAGCGGUGCUGCCCUCCCCGAGGGCGGUGCCCAGAGAGAAGUCCCAGGUCGAUGCUAUGGCACCGUACUCGUCCUCUCACAAUUUCCAGAAACUCAGGCUCGACACAAAGCCCGCGCAGAAGACCGUCUCCUCCGCCUUUGCCUCGAUCCCCCGCCACGAAUCGCAGCGUGACGAAGACGCCUCGCUGGCCCUGACUACACCUGAACUCGCCGAGCCAGAUUCGCACUUCUACCAUGGCAAAUCGUGGCACACCGUGGGGGACGAUGUCGGGGGUGGCCGACGCCCAUAUGGCUCUGCUACCGGAUCGAGCCCCGAGGACAUCGAGGCUGCCUUUCGCAAUAGAAAACCCUCCGUAACCUUCGAUAGCCAAGUCACUCUAGACAGCGGAAACCGUCUCGCCAUGCAUUCCCCUCUGCCAAGGCCAGGAGUUCCCACGACGCUGGAAGAAUUCCCAGACCGUGAAGAAUACUUCAACGAGUUUGCGCCUCUUGAUCGAGGGAGAACUCUUACGCAGGAGCCACAUUAUCCCAUUUCCAGAGACGACCUCAAUGGUUUCAGUGCGCACCAGGGUUUCACCGAACACGACCACGACCACGUUGCGUCGCUGACGUCUGACACCACCGCUUCACCACUGCUGGAGGAGGUACAUACGCCGCUGGAUUCCUCCAUGGAGCUCUUGCUUUCGCCGCUGCCCGCUACAUCGCCUAUUGAUCUACCUUUCUCGCUAUCCAAACGCAACGGAUCCCAUAGAUCAGUUAGAAGCUACCGAUCCGAAAUGAGCGAGGGAAGCGCCCGCAGGCCCAACCGUCGAACUUCGACACGCACCGGCCGCUCCCUGCCGUCACAAUCCCCGGCAUCUGCGUUUCUUUCGCGGAUGCAUUCCAAGGACGCCCCCCUCCAGGCGACGGAACCUGAUGACGAAGGACAAGAGAUUGCCGACGGGAGCGGACACAUAAUUGGAAAGACCAUAGGCUUCGGAGGCUUCAGUGUCGUCAAAGAGGUCGCCACGAUGGAAUAUGGCAAGAAGGUUGUGUAUGCUGUGAAAAUUGUGCGAAAGCUACUCAAGGACACAGCCGAGGCUGAGAACGAACAACUGCAAACCCAAUUCGAGCAUGAGGUCGAGAUUUGGAGAUAUCUCAAACACCCGUACAUUCUGCCACUUCUGCGAGUUUACAGCACCGAGUUUGCGACCUUCUGCAUCACAACCAAGAUCUCGGGUGGUACCCUGCUUGACGUCGUCCGAGAAACAAACAAGCAGAAUCACAACGGCCUUGAAGCACGACACGCUAGACGGUACGUGUAUCAGCUAGCCUCUGCAAUACGGUAUCUUCACAACGACGUUACCGUAGUUCAUCGUGAUAUCAAGCUCGAGAACUGCUUGGUCGACAUGUCUGGACCGAAUGCCUUCCCUGAUGGAGGGGAUAUCCUCUUGUGCGACUUUGGUAUGGCAGACUUUGUAGUGAGCGAUCAACGCGACUCGGUGGAACCGCACACCCAAAACCACAACCAAAAUAUUGGCCCUUCCGAAACCAGUACCACUGUCGCUGGGAGUCUUCAGUAUGCCGCACCCGAGUUGUUUGGAGCCCAGACACCAGUGUUCUCAACCGCGGCGGACAUGUGGGCAUUUGGAGUGGUUAUUUAUACCCUAAUCACCGCCCGUCUGCCUUUCAACGAGGGGAUGGACGCGAAGACUACCGAAAAGAUUCUGAACAACGAGUGGGAUCUUGAGCGGCUCCGUAGUGGGAGAGCUAUCACACACAAUCCGCUAGCUGCGAUAGCCCUCGUUAAAGGGUGCUUAGAGCUAGACGUAUCGAAACGUUGGACUAUCAACGAAGUACUCCGCUCUCCUUGGCUGGAGGGCUGCGAACGACUUCUCGAGAACGUUGAGCGUUCUUGGAUGCACAGAUAACGUGCCCGAGAGGCAUCUUGGAAGCCAUCUGAACGUAUUUACGACCAUCUGUUGGAGUAUUCCUUGUUUACGAGAGCCUUCAUAAGAAUUCCAGCGACCGGAUCGGCGUCUCUUCAUUUACGACUUGCCGUCAUUUGCUUCUAUGUUAGCGAUACCCCGUCAUUGUCAUCAUGAUUUUCAAGCCGCAAGGUCAUGUUUUGGUAGGGUUCUUGGAUUGUCCGGCGUUGGUACUGAUAUAUAAUGUUUUUGGAUU